AUGGCAAGAACCCACUUAAUAUCUCUUCUAGUACUAGUGCUCUCAUCAACAUUGACAUCAUCAUCAUCAAAAGAGCAAGAAGAGGACAGGAUCAAAUCACUUCCAGGGCAACCAAAAGUAGGAUUCUCACAGUUUUCGGGUUAUGUGACAGUAAACGAAUCACAUGGUCGAUCACUCUUCUACUGGCUCACUGAGUCAUCUUCUCAUUCUCCUCACACCAAACCACUUCUUCUUUGGCUCAAUGGAGGUUUGAUUCUUUUGCCUCCCCACUUCCCCUUAGGACCUGGCUGCUCGUCGAUUGCUUAUGGAGCUUCGGAGGAAAUUGGACCAUUUCGGAUCACAAAAACUGGUUGCAGUCUUUAUCUCAAUAACUUUUCUUGGAACACAGAGGCAAAUCUUUUAUUUCUGGAAUCGCCUGUUGGAGUUGGAUUUUCAUACACCAAUACAAGCUCUGAUUUCGAUGAACUUGGAGACGAACGUACAGCUCAGGAAAAUUUGAUAUUUCUUAUUAAUUGGAUGUCAAGGUUUCCUCAGUACCAAUACAGAGAUUUCUACAUUGUUGGUGAAAGCUACGCCGGGCAUUAUGUUCCUCAGCUAGCCAAAGAGAUUCAAGAGUACAACAACGCCUACGAAAGACCAAUCAUCAAUCUCAAAGGUUUCAUGGUUGGAAACCCCGAGAUGGACAAAUACAGCGAUAAACUCGGGACCAUAACGUAUUGGUGGUCUCACGCGAUGAUCUCCGAUACUUCCUACAAUUCAAUCCUCGAAAACUGCGAUUUCGCGGGAGAGAAAUUCUCGAAAGAAUGCGAUUCGGCCAUUUACAACUCUGCAGCCGACUUUGGCGAAAUCGAUCAGUACAGCAUAUAUACACCCAAAUGUGUACCACAACAACAACAACCUAACCACACCAAGGUUACGGAGUUGAUGAAAAUGCACAUAACUAAACGGUUCUUAGUAGAUCAGUAUGACCCUUGUACCGAAAACUACGCCGAGAUAUAUUAUAACCGUCCUGACGUACAACGAGCCUUGCACGCUAACCACACUGCCAUACCAUAUAAGUGGACCGCGUGCAGUGACACUGUGUUUAAUAACUGGAAUUGGAGAGAUUCGGACAAUUCAAUGUUGCCUAUAUACAAGGAACUCAUUGCUGCUGGUCUAAAGAUUUGGGUCUUCAGUGGUGAUACAGAUUCGGUGGUUCCAGUGACAGCGACUCGGUUUUCUCUCAGCAAACUAAAUCUUCCGGUGAAAACUCGAUGGUACCCUUGGUACUCUGGUAAUCAGGUAGGAGGACGUACAGAAGUAUACGAGGGGCUUACAUUUGUGACGGUAAGAGGGGCGGGACACGAAGUACCAUUCUUCCAACCGCGGAGUGCGUUAGUUCUUUUAAGAUCAUUCUUGGCUGGAAUAGAGCUUCCAAGAUCUUAUUAG